AUGAGAGACGAGUUCGCUGUACUGGGGACAGUUCCCGCGCCCUCAGAGCGAUCGAAAGACGACAUGAAAUACAGUACUGAAUUGAACCGUUGGUUCCUCACACCGAUCGGCAUCUGGUCAACUAGAAGUGAUGCUCACAUUAUCGAGAAAAUAUUGUCCGAGCUUCUAGUCUUUCUCUCCUGCUUUCUAAUUUGUUUUCUGCUGGUACCCUGUGGCCUUCACACCUUCAUAAAGGAGCAAGAUCCGAAGCUCAAGAUGAAGAUGAUCGGCCCGUUGAGUUUUUGCCUCAUGUCCAUCACCAAGUACCUCCUCUUGGUCGCAAGGCGACGGGAAAUCCGUCAUUGUCUCGAGCACAUUGACAUCGACUGGCGGAGAGUCAGAUAUCUGGAUGAUCGAGAGAUCAUGAUGAUGAACGCCAAACUGGGUCGGUUUAUCGCUUGCCUGUGCGCAGUUUUUAUGUACGGAGGGGGUUUUUUCUACCACACGAUCAUGCCCUUCGCGGCUGGAAGUUUCGUCACACCUGACAACAUCACCAUUCGACCCUUGGUUUACGCUAUUUACGAUCCUCUCUUCUCCGCGCAGACAACUCCGGCGUAUGAGAUUGUCUUCACGAUUCAGUGGUUCUCGGGAUUUGUUAAUUACAGUGUUACUAUUGGAGCUUGCAGCCUCGCCGCUGUAUUCGUGCUUCACAUAUGUGGACAGCUCAAGAUUGUGAGCUCAAGGUUGGAGAGUUUUGUCAAGGGAAGGACAGACGAAAGAAAAAAUGUGGAGAGUCGAAUGGCUGAGAUUAUCGAACUUCAUCUGCGAGCUCUUGGGUUCGUCGUUCGCGUUGAGGGAAUUCUCAAUGAAAUUUGUCUCAUUGAAUUCGUUGGCUGCACUAUGAACAUAUGUUUUCUUGGAUACUACUUCAUGACGGAAUUUGAACAGAGCGCGGCAAUAGCCACAGUUACCUACUGCGUUCUCCUAGUGUCUUUCACCUUCAACAUCUUCAUAUUCUGCUAUAUUGGUGAAAUGCUGACCCAACAGGGUGAUAAAGUCGGCAGAACAGCAUACAUGAUCAAAUGGUAUGAACUCCCUGCUAAAAGUGCAAGGGGCCUGAUUCUCCUUCUAGCCAUGACGAAAAAUCCGGCUAGCAUCACAGCCGGAAAAAUGGCGGAAUUAUCAUUUCGGAGUUUUUGCGGAGUUUUAAAAACAGCAGCCGCUUAUUUAAAUCUCCUACGAACUGUUGUAAUGUGA